AUGAGAAAGAAGCUUGAUACUCGUUUUCCAGCCGCUCGUAUAAAGAAGAUUAUGCAAGCUGAUGAGGACAUAGGGAAGAUUGCUAUGGCUGUACCACUCUUAGUCUCUAAGGCCCUCGAACUAUUUCUGCAAGAUCUUUGUGACCGGACUUAUGAGAUUACCCUAAAAAAGGGGGCAAAAACUGUGAAUUCUUUACACUUGAAGCAAUGUGUGCAGAGCUUUAAUGUGUUCGAUUUUUUAAAGGACACUGUCAGCAGGGUUCCUGAUUUAGGUGGUUCAGAUGCUGUUGCUGCUGAGGAUAGAUCUGCUGCUAAAAGAAGGAAAAUCUUAGAAGAUGAAGAAGAUGGCAAUGACGAUGAGUCAAAAAGGGUUAGUGUGCACGAGACUGGCCACUCCAGCAGCAGUGGGAGAGGUAGGGGUAGGGGAAGGGGUAGAGGUAGAGGUAGAGGUAGAGGUCGUGGUAGAGUUAGUCGAACAGUAGAUAGAGAAUCAGUUAAUCGGUAUGAAAAGUUUGAAGAAGAUCCCGAUUUGUCCCAGAAUGAUGAGAAACCAGUAGUAAAUUUGGAAAGGCUGGAAGAUGUUGCAGGUUCUGCAGACUCAAAAAUUGCCGGUGAGAAGGAUGCAGAUAACUCGGUCAGAAAUUUUGAUCUCAAUAUAGACUUGAAUGAGAAUGGGGAUUCCACCUCGAUAUUAAGUGGAGCCCCAUCUGAUUCUGCAACAAAGCCAAGUCCUGAAAUGAAGCAUGAAGAUAUACCGGGUUGGUCCCUUGACGACAUGCAGAGGAUAGCCGGUGCUCCUACUCAAUUUGCUAAUUUGAAUGGGACGAUAGACGAGGAAGAGGAAGAUUAUGAUGAAGAAGAAUGA